AUUGGCUUCUUGGUCACCAUAGAAGAAGAACUUCCUCUCAACGCUCUGUUGGCGUGAGCGUGGUACAACAACUGUAAAUAAACGCGCGACAGUUGGAACCUGCUAAUCUAAACGGUGUUAGCUAUUGCUAAAUAACUAUGAUUGUUGUCGCUGUUUAAAGUAGUAUGUAAAUACAUCCGUUUAAAGGAUAAAAAACGUAAUGGAACGCUAUUUACAUUAUAUUAGAUUAAUGGAAGGGUUAGUUAGCCGAAUAAGUUUGGCAUCUUCAGAUUGACAGUGUGUGGCACUUGUUCUAAUGUGGUUAGCUCGGCAACUGUUGUGGCUAAACUGACAAUGACUUCGAGAGGUAGAGUGACCCGAAAGAGGAACAUAGCUGUUUCAUGUAGAACUCCACACAAUGUUAUAUCUAAUUAUCGAGUCGGAUACACCUGGAACCGAGGUGGACGCCUCAAAGAGCUGAGAGUAAGGCACAUAGCACGGAAGUUCCUCAAACUAUGGAUACAGAAGACGUUUGGGCGGGUUCAUCCUUACAAAGCCAGGUCUCACAAUCGCAGAGUGGUGCUACAGCGUACUCUGGGGGCCUGGAAGGACGAGUGGUGGACAGUCAGGAGAGAGUGGAGCCUCACUGUGAGGGCUGAGUGCCAUUACAGGUAUUACCUGUAUAACCAGGUGUUCCGUGGCUGGCAGACGUUUGUGUCUUUGCAGACGGAGGAGAAGAGGAAACUUGAGAAGGCAACCCAUUUUGCUAAGAGGCGGUGCCAGCGUUGGGCUUGGGACAGCUGGGAGGUGUACGUGGAGAUGGGAAGGAUGAAACGUGGGAUGCAAGAUUCUGCUCUUCACUUCCAGAAAGGCUCAGCUCUACGUUGGGUCUGGACUGAGUGGAAGGCCGCGCUGCAGAGGAAGUAUGACGCUUGUGCUAUGGAGGACCAAGCCCUGCAGCACUGGGCUCUGGCCUUACUAAGCAGGGCUUGGCUUCAGUGGAGAGCGGGGUACAUGCUCACCUGCAGUCAGAGAGCCAGGGAGUCCCAGGCUUCGCUACACUACGAUCGUGGGCUUCAAAGAAAAGCUCUUAUUGGCUGGAUUUGCUAUGUUCACCUCCGACAAGCUAAAAGGAAGCCUCAAGACACCGCAUUGCAAACCUGGCAACAUCAGUUGGUCAGGCGAUAUUGGUGUGUGUGGAGAAGUCGACUACAGAGCAGACAAAGGGAGGUGGACAGAGAGGAGGCAUCUCUUGGACUGGCUCAACGGAGCACACAGCGCAGGGCAGUGGAGCGCUGGAGACGGUAUGUGGAGCUGUGCAUCCUGGAGUCCGAAAAGAACCAGGAUGCAAGUCAACAUCACCAAAGCCAUCUGUUGCACACUGGAUUGCGGGGCUUGACACUCAAUGUUGCUCAGAGUAAGACUCGCCGACUCGACAAGAACAUUGCUGUCCAGCAUCGUCGUCACACUAUGACCGGCAGAUAUUGGAGAAUAUGGAGGCAACGUCUUGAGGAAGCUGAAGAUCAGGGACUUCAGCCACAGAUGCAGAUUGCACUGUCCCAACACAGAACUUCUCUGCAGAGCAAUUGCCUUCACCACUGGAGAGUGCAGCUUGCUGAGCACAGACACAUACAGGGUUUGGAGUGUCGUGCCGAUGCCUGGUUUGCGAACCACGUCUUGCCACGCUAUCUGGACUCGUGGGUUGACUUUACCUACCAGAGGAGACUUCGUAGAGAGAGGAUGGAGACUGCCCUGCAUCAUGAUCAACAGCGUCGAUAUGCCUGGGCCUUUGGUACCUGGUGGGGACGUUCCGAGGGAAGGAAGGAGCGGAGACUGUCAGAGAGAAUGGCCCUGCUGCAUGAGGAGAAGUCGUGUCUGAUGAGAGCCUGGGGCCUCUGGCAGUGGAGGCUGAAAGAAAGGAGGGAGGACAGGGAAAAGCAGAAGGCCUCUGACACACUGUACCACCGUACUCUAAUGCACAAGAUACUGAGCCAGUGGAAGGACAAUGUCACUGGGAUCCGGGACAGGCGUAACCGUGAGGAGCAGGCAGGUCACUGUGGGGAUGUGCGUUGUGCGAGGCGUGCCCUGACUGGCUGGAGUGAGUAUGUCCAGUACCGACGAGAGAAGAAAAGCAGGCUGAAUCAGAUGAACUCUUACUAUGAAAACCGACUUCUUAAACACACCUUGCAGGCCUGGAAGGUGUAUCACCUCCAGACCCAGCAGGUCUCUGGGCGCGUUGAGGAGCGCUACGCCCUCCAUCAGCAACAGCUCCUCUGGAGGAUUCUGCUGGUGUGGAGGGACACUGCGGCCCAGUUGGCUGGCGCCAGGAGCAGAGCGAGGGUGGCAGAGAGCCACUACCAGCACUGUGUUCAGGCGAAGGUACUGUUGGCAUGGAGAAAAGCCACAUCUUUUGCAUUGUCAAACCGCCACCAGCAGAGGGAGGCAUUGAGCAGGGCUCAGAAUCACAUGGAUAAAGUGUUGCUGCAGGUGACCUUCAGGAGAUGGAGGGAACGAAGCCGAGAGGUUGUGGAGGAGAUGACGGCCGUGGAGAAAGCCGUGAAGCACCACCAGCGGUCUAUUCUCAGCAGAACGUUCAGAUCGUGGAAUGUGUAUGAGAGGCAUCAGCAAAGCUAUAAGGUGAUGAAAGGGACGGGCAUCUUGCUGCGAAGACUGAAGACGUGUCAUCGGUUCUUUACACGCUGGAAACUUGCGCUGCAGCACAGAAGGACAGAGAAUGAGAAGACAGAUCUGGCCCUCUGGCACUGGUCCCUCAGUCUGCAAGCCAAGGUUCUGGAGGCGUGGAGGCUGUGGGUGUCGGAGCAGCACAGGAAGCAGGACCGGUUGACCCAGGCGGCCCAGUUCUACCGAGAGCAGCUGCUCAGGGAAGGAGUAGCCCACAUCCUGACCCACACCUCUCACAUGAGCAGCUUCAACACCAACAUGGCACUGCACAGCCAGGAGCAGAGCUCCAAGCGUGUCCAGAGGGUGGUGCUUCGCUGUGCCACGCAGUGGAAACAGAAGGCGUUGAGGGGACCACGCCGGGGGGGGCCCCUUAGUGCUGCCGCAGUGGCCCCGGGGAAGAGUGUGACUUUCAGCUUGGCCAUCCCGGAACACGACGCUCUCCACCACAGCCGUCCACAGACCCAGAGGGGCACAACGGAGCAGGGAGCCGGAGACUGCAUCCUCAACCACUUGGUGGCAGCGCGUGCUUCUAGACUGCAGCCUCGACGGCCUCCAGAUCUGCUUGACUCUCCUGUCAAAGAUCGUCCCCCACCUGCUGGUCCUUCGCAUCAAAACAGAUCCAGCACUCAGGUCCCACAGAUGGCUGAAGCCAGUCCCCUGCCCUCCGCAUCCUCCCUCGUCAUCUCCCCUGUACAGGCACAACCAGCGCCCAGUCUCCGUGUCCCAACAGGCCCACAUCAUGGAUUACCAGACCAAGACCUUCUCCUACCUCCCUCUGCAUUCAUGGCCACACAUACGCCAACGGAGGGCACAUCUGAUGGAGAAGAUGUGUGCGCUGAGGAGGAGGUGGUUGUGGAUCUUACCUUAGCUUGGACCAGAGAGCUGCUCGACAUUCGCCAGGACAUGCAGUGCUUCCAACAGGACCGGAAGCAACUUCAGGCAUGGCGCAGACUUAAAGAGGUGAUGACAAACUGGCUGCAGACGACUGGAAGCGAGGAGGAGACGGAGGAGAGGAACACAGUCAGACAGGAGCUGGAGGAGCUGGAGGAGCGUAUCGGCAGGCUGUCCGCUGAUCUGGCGGCGCGGAAGCCUGUGAUGAUCCUCCACACUGCCCGGAUCCACAGGAUAGAGAGUGUUCUCCACAGCAACACGACCACAUGACUGGGACUGACCAAUCCCAGUGGACCUUCAGAGCAAUGGGACUGGGACUGACCAAUCCCAGUGGACCUCCACAGCAACACGACCACGUGACUGGGACUGACCAAUCCCAGUGGACCUUCAGAGCAACGGGACUGGGACUGACCAAUCCCAGUGGACCUUCAGAGCAACGGGACCGGGACUGACCAAUCCCAGUGGACCUCCACAGCAACACGACCACGUGACUGGGACUGACCAAUCUCAGUGGACCUUCAGAGCACAGGGCUACUUAAGCAACAUGACUCUGUCCACACUAGAUUACAGGUCCUGAGCCACUCCAGUGGAACCCCAAAGACCCACCAACAAUAUACCUACAUUUCUUAAAUAAUUCACUAUUUCUUCUGAACAUAGUUUUGUUGUUAGCAUGUUAUUGCAUUUUCAACUUUUUCAAACCAGUUUUAUUAUAAAAAAAUGUUGUUAACAAAUUUAAUUGUGUUAUUUCAUGGAUAAAAUCAUAGAUACCACUAUGCCAGUGUCAUAGCCAUUGACCAAGAUAACUGCAGACAAAUGCUUAUUGUAACCUUCACAGAGCUUGCUGCGCCUUUCUUCCUGCAUAUCGACCUAUUGUUCAGCCGUAUGCAGCUGAAAUUCUUCAAUGUUUGAGGGAUGCCCUAGGCCAUCUGCUGCUUUAAGCUCGCCCUCUACAUGGAUGAGAUCCAGGUCUGAACUGAAUCACUGAAUGGUCAAGCAUCUCUUAGACAUUCCUGGGGACUUUUGUAUGUGUUUUGGUGGCUGUUCUUCUGCUGGAAGUCGAACAGCCUUUUCUGUGUUUUGGCACAUUGAAAAUGAAUCAUAGGAUGUUGGAAACAUAAAGGUCAGACGGUUAUAUAUAUAUAUAUAUAUAUACUAAAACUGCUUUCCAUGAGACACCAUCAGCCCAUUUUUGAAUGAAAUCUGGGUGAAUAAUGCGUGUUCAACCAUAAUGUGUAUCUCAGGUGAGCGCUGCAUCAUUCUUUGGGGCCAGCUUUGUUAGUGUUUCUUGACAUUUCAGAAAUAUGCCUUGAAUACUGUAAAUUGACUUUUGUUUGUACAUAUAAUAAAAUGUAGGCUAUAGAUGAUUCAUUCUCUUCCUUUUUUACCAUAACAUUUAUUUACCUUUAUUUAGCAGAAAACAUUGUUUUGCAUGUUGGUGCCCUGUUUACAUACUGCAACUUUUGCAUAAACCAAAUGCAAAUAAAAUAUAUAUAUAACCGUUUUAAGCAACUUUCCUAGUUCGGAAGCCACCCUUGGCCUAUAAUAGCCUACUAUCGAGCUC